CAAACAGAGCAGUAGCAUCCUGUACGCACGUUUGCAGAAAUGAACGCCAAUUCAAACAACCCUUCGAAAAACAUGAACAAAAACAUCUCCCGUCAGAUAACUCGAACUGAAGUAGUGUUAGCCGUCCUCCUAGUUGGAACGAUAAGUUACUUGAUAUAUUUCCAAACAUCCCAUGAAACUGGUGAGAAUAGUUCACUUGUUGAACCGAGUGAAUGCCCAACGCCAGGUUGUUACGAGUCGAUUAUAGAAAUACAAAGUUACAUCGAUGAAUCAGUCGAUCCUUGUGAAGACUUCAAUCAAUUUGCUUGUGGGAAAUUCUUCGAAAACUCUUACAAAACACAAGUUACGGCUAAGGUCAUUCAAGACCAAAUAGAAUACUACAACGAAUUAGAAGGAAUGAUAGUACAACCGGUCACAAAUAAAGAUUCGGAAGCGAUCAAAAUUCAGAAAAUGUUUUUCCAAGCUUGCGUAAAUGUGGAGAAAAAUGAUGAAAACCAUAACAAAGUAAUAUUAGAUAUAAUUGAUGACGUAGGUGAGUGGCCAUUACGGAAGACGUCAGGGUGGGUAGAAAAAGAUUUCGACUGGAUGGAGGUUACCGUGAGGUGCAAACAAUUAGGUUUGCCGUUUCAGUGGUUUCUACAAUUUAGUUUGCACGAAGAAGAUUUAAAAUAUCUUAAAAUAUCUUACCCACUACUGGAUUCGUCAGCCAAAGCUAAUAGAACUACAGUAGGACACAUUAUGAGUAAUCUACUCGGGAAAAAAGUGAACGCCAAAACUAUUUCCGAUUUCGAGCAGAGUUUAAUAAAUAUAAUAAAAAAACAAAAAUCGAAGACUAUUUUAACUACGGUUGGCGAAUUGCAAACACAACAUUCGCUGUUUCCCUGGUUAAAUUUUCUUAACGAUAUUACGGAAAACAAUUUAGAUGAAGACACACAAGUAGCAUCUAACGUUAACGAAUACAUUGUGGAUCUAUACAAACUUUUGAAUGGAACUCCCAAGCGCAUCCAAGCUGACUACAUUAUGUGGAAAAUUGUUGAGCAUUUUGUUCCGUAUUUGUCCAAUAAUGUUAGAAAACAUGGAAUUCCAGAAAUUCCAAAGAAUGUUCGGACCCAAUUUUGUGAAACAACGGCGAAGAAAAAUUUUCAAUAUUUCGCACAAAUAGAAUAUGUGCGAAAAUACGUUAAUGAGGAAGUCAAAAAUUUUGUAACAGAGUUAACAGAUUUAACGAGACAAGAAUUUCUAACAAUCGUUGAAGAAUCAGCUUGGCGAAAUACUUCCCUCGGUCAAGAAGUCGUCAACACUUUCAAUAAUGUUUUCGAAGUGGAUGUAGGUUUCGACUUAGUAAAUGAAGACUUCCUGGAAGCUAACUUCUGGCAUAUAGGCAAUCUUACUUUCGAUUCAGAUAAUCCUGGCAUAAUUGAAAUAAUCACCACGAGAUCGAAAUAUUUUUAUGAGUCUUUGUUUACCAAUAUUAACACAACUGCCUUGUCACCUGAAAUAACAAAUUUUCUUCAAACUAUGGAUGUUCAAUACAUUUUGUUUGAUAGUUCAAAGAAAAGAAUGGUUAUUCCGCCGGCGAUGUUGCAUGGGUUUCUCUAUGAAAAUGAGCGACCGAAUUAUUUAAAUUUUGCAAGCCUGGGUAGUCUGAUAGCGGCAGAAUUCAUUAAAAGUACGCAACUUGUUACUAAUAGGUGUCUAGAAGUUGAUUAUGAAAAAACGGCAUCGGAACAGACAACAUUUAAGAGCUUGGAUGUUAUCCGAGAAGUACUUCCUGAUGUAAUAGGUCGCCAUAUUUCCUAUGACGUUUAUCAAAAGUGGGUUACAGCAAAUGGAGAAGAAACCCAACUGCCACUUUUGUCGUACAGUCCGAACCAGUUGUUCUGGAUCAAGUCGAGUUUAAUUAAUUGCCACAAAAAAUUGACAUACACUGAAGACGAAAGCGAUUUUAAUCUAAUGGUAUCAAAGUACAAGAACGUUUUAGCAGUAAGACACUCACGUCACUUCGGUGGGGACUUCGGUUGCACCGAAAACACAAAGAUGAAUCCAUUAGCGAAUGUGAUGAUGGAAUGCUGGAAGAAAAGAACGGUUUUAGAGAAAAAAAGUUUGGUGACGUUAGUUGUACUCGUAACAUUUGUAAUCGGGCUCAUUACUCUAAUUCUGCUAAUCACUGAACCCGCAUUUUGCUACACGUCUUCGUGUUACAAAGCGUCUGAGCACAUCCACCGACUGAUGAACCCUCGAGCUAAACCCUGUGAUAACUUUUACGACUUUGUUUGCGGCAACGCCUUUAAUAACGCCCGACAACCAAACGACAGAUCUCCAAAUAUCAAAAUUCUCAAAGAAAUCAUCUCCGAACCAAUCGGAACCAAAGACGUCAAAUCACUUCAACUCCAAAAACUGUUUUAUCAAUCUUGUACUAAUUUGGAGGUUAUCGACGUAGACAAUGAUACCACGUUUGCAAAUAUAAUAAGCAAAUUGGGCGGAUGGCCUGUGGUCAGUGGCAACAAUUGGAACGAAAGCGCUUUUGAUUUUGCCGAAUUCAUGGCAGAGUUAAGAGAAAAAGGACUUCAACAUGAUUGGUUUUUGGAGAUUUCUGUCUAUUCGAAUCGAGGACAAAGCAUCAUACUCGAGAUCAACGUUCCUGAUAACGCCAAUAAAAUCGAAGAGGAGACCGCAGAAGCAUACAUCGAUUUAAUGACGAAGUCCGCCGUGGCGUUCGGAGCGCUGGAAGACGUCGCAAAGUCGCAAAUGCCAGAGGUCAUGUACUUUGAAAAUAAAUUAGUCAAUUUAAUAGAGAAAAUACAUAACGAAAACGAGCGGCUAUAUUCGCACCAACCUCUACACUUAAUAACCAUCGCGGAAGUCCAGCAGAAGUGGCAAAAUAUUAAUUGGUUAGAGUUGAUAAACCACUUAACGAAAAAGAAACUCUCGGACGACCAACUGGUUGCGUUUUACGUGGAAAAUUAUAUGCCGGAACUUGAUAAGUUAUUGAAACAGACCACAAAGAGGACUCAAGUCAAUUACGUUAUGUGGAAAUUAGUCGAAGCCUACUCGCCUUUUCUGUCUAAGAGGAUUAGAGAUAUGGUGCACAAUUAUGUUGCGUCGACUAAUCAAACUGAUUUGUGGUACAAGGACAGAGAAGACUUCUGUUUCGAGGAGGCUAAAUCCUAUUUUCAGUACGCACUUGAAGCCGAAUACUUGAGACGUCACGUGACCAAAACGAAAAGCAAAAAUAUUGAAGAAAUGAUGGAGAGAAUUUUGAAAGAGAUUAAACAACAUUUGCGGGAAGUCAACUGGAUGGAUGAAAAUAUGAGAAGGGCAGCAAUUAGUAGAUUAGAAAACAUGAGUUAUAUUAUAGGUGGUCCCGAGGAAAUGUACUAUGCGGAACAGUUUGAUAAAGACUUCGGAGUCGGCAAUUUAGAAUUCAAAACGUCGAACAUAAUCCAGAUCACGACUGAUAUUUUCCACAAAGCACUCGACACACUCUACAGCAAGAAAUAUGAGGACACUAAUUACCUUAAAUACACGUUCUACGAGUUGGUUACUUCGCAAGAAAUCGCUUUCUAUCAGAACUUUAAUCUACUCUGGAUACCGGCUGGGGUACUCCACGAUUUUUUUUACGACGAUGACCGUCCCAAUUAUUUAAAUUACGGAACCAUGGGUACUACAAUCGCCUACGAAAUGUUGCACGGUUUGUACGCCAGACUUUUUCGUACUUUUACCUUGUGGUCAAAUAGUACUUUGGAAAAUUUCAACCAAGCAGUGCGUUGCUUGAAAAACUGUUCCGAAGGUUUGCCUCAGUUCAAAGAAGUUAAUUGCGGUAACUUACUGGAAACCAUGUCCGAUUACAUCGCGAUUAACUUGUCUUAUAAGGCGUAUCAAAAGCUGCUGAAACAAAGCCACUCGGAGAAAAAGCUCCUCGACUUGAGCUUCAGCAACGACCAAUUAUUUUGGCUGGCGUAUGGUACAUCGAUGUGUCAUUUGCCUGUCCCAGAAUUAAAUUAUAGUCGCUUCGAUCACAUGAUGCAGUCAUUCAGAAUCGUCGGACCGUUUCGUAAUUCGCCCCAUUUUAGCAAAGACUUUCGUUGCGAAUUAGGUUCGACUAUGAAUCCUCGAAAUAAGUGUCAGAUACUGUAACCGUCUUAAUUACUUUCAAUUAAAUUAAAGUUAAUUAAAACGUA